AUGCAAUCCGUUAGCAAUCACAUAGGAUGCAAGGUUCGCCACUUUGGCAGCCAUGGCCCGAACAUUGAGAUCAAUCUUGCAGAGACAGACGGACCGCGCCGUACCUGGACCACUAGCUAUUCAACUAUGGACACCAUCGCAGGAACCGUCGAUAUCACGUCAACUCAAAGCAUAAGAUUUGAAGACAUCGAUGUGGCAUUCAUAGGCACAAGUCAGGUCUUUGUCGACAGGCUCAGCAACACACCUUCAGUGACAGGCCGGACAGAAGCCACACAUCGCUUUCUGGCGCUUAGACAACCUUUUAAAGAAUCAGACUUCCCUUCCCCAAGGGUCUUUGAAGCAGGAAAGACCUACAAAUUCCCCUUUACGUUUACCAUCCCAGCACAGCUCCUCCCGAAGGCAUGCCCACACGAUGUUGUCUCGGAUCACGUCCGUGAUUGCCACUUGAUGCCACCGCCGAGUCUAGGCGAUCCAGAUCUUGCUGGGUUUGGAGGCUCACUACUCGACGACUUUGCUCCCGAGAUGUCAAAGAUCACGUACGGUAUCAAAGUCAGAAUAGCUCAUCAACGAGGCGCAGACAAUACAAUAUCAAUCCUGGGCGAAAAACUGAAGAAAAUUCGUGUAAAACCUGCAUUCGAGGAGCAGCCACCGCUCAACAUUGAUGGUAUCGAUGAGUACCGGUCACGGCAAGAGAAGGUUGUCAGAAAGGGCCUGUUCAAGGGGAAACUAGGGACAUUGACUGCACAAACUAUGCAACCAAAGGCUCUCAGAGUCCCAGGGGCACGCACAUGUGACAACGAACCAAUUACCACGAUGGCUAAAUUGGUCCUCCGCUUCGAUCCUCUAGAGGAGUCGUAUGCGCCACCCAACCUAGGCUCCUUGACACCUAAGCUCAAAGUCUCAACACACUAUGCUUCAGCUCCAAGGCAAAGUCUUCCAUCAAGAGACUCCCUCGCUUAUGAUCUUACACAAGGUGUAUACUCUGAGAGUAUCGCUCUAUCCAACCUUUGCAUUGCCUCAGCACACUGGGAAAAACACUCAUAUGCAUCCAACCCCAUCACAUCAAGUCCCUUCCGCCGUGAUUCUGGCAUUUCAGACUGCUCUACAGCCAGUAUUUCCGAACCAGCCUUCGCAAGCGGUAUUCUCCACCCCUCAAAAGCCUACAAACAAGGCGCUUUCUACUCGGCACAAAUCCUUAUUCCCAUCACAAUCCCCGUAACCGCGAACCUUAUUCCCACGUUCCAUACAUGCAUUAUCUCACGCACCUAUACUCUUUCGUUGCGGUUUUCCCCGUGUACGGGCUCAAACAUACACUUGAAAGUACCGUUUCAGGUUUGUGCCGCAGGAAGUGAUACUGGCAUUCGAAACGCACGAACAAGGAGCGUGGAGGAGACAGAGCUUAGGGAGGCGGGGGAUCUAUCUACAUUGAGAAGUGGUGGGAGAGCGAGUGAGAUCAAUGAGUCGCUACCGGAAUAUGCUGCUGUCGCGUCGGCCGCGGGGAGAUACAUUGCUAGAUGA